AUGGCUACGGUUAUCGCCGUGUGUCUCGUUGCCGUCUACUGCUUCCGCUUUCACUUUGGCCCAAGCGGCGAUGAAAAGGUCUCUUACCCGCCACCGCCUCCUCCUCCUCCCCGACACCCUCUAGCAAGCACGUCGACGACGGUCCGUAUCUGCGCCGCCAUCCACGCCCUCCGAGCCCUGGAGCCGAAUAAGCCGUCCAACGCGCCGAUGCCAUUCCAGCUGCUGGAGCUCGACCCGCUGGCGCCGCCUUUCUACCCGCCCAGAGACUCGGCACGUCCUGGCACACGCUAUUAUGACGCUGUACUACGCGAGGUUAUAGAGGCCGGAAAGCGCGUCCGCACUACUGCUGCUGCUGCUGCUACCGCCAACCAAGACCAAGAUCCUGAGACACGUGCGGAGAGGACGAUGCGCGCCGCCUGGUUUGUCAUCGACAUGCUUCUAGACGACGAGGCACGGUGUGCUUUCCUUGACGAUGUGCAGCCUCACCUGCGGUCUUGGUCAGUUGCCACUGAGAGGAUAGAGAGGCUGUGCGGCGAGGUGUGGGAGCGUAGACAAUGGACGCUGUGA